ACGACGACGUUGUCAAAUCUCGCCCAUGCUUCCUCAGCGUAAUCCAGACAAAUUCUCAGUCAACUAUCUACCUGUAAGAGAAAAUCCUCAAACCUACGCUAAACACACUGAAACAGAGAGAAUAAAAUCAUAAAAAAACCAUGGCCAGCUUCUUGUAUAUUACGUUGAUAACGUUGCUAGCCACCGCUUCCGCCGUUAAAAGCUGUCCUCCUUCUGACCGCGCUGCUCUGCUGGCCUUCAAAGCAGCUCUCCACGAGCCUUACUUGGGCAUCUUCAAUUCUUGGAAGGGCAUCGAUUGCUGCCAUAAAUGGUACGGCGUCAGCUGCGACCCAGAGACCCACAAGGUCGCCGAUAUAAACCUCCGGGGUGAAUCCGAAGACCCCAUCUUUGAAAAAGCCGGAAGGUCCGGUUACAUGACUGGUACAAUCUCCCCUUCCAUCUGUAAGCUAGAGCGCCUCUCGAGUCUCACAAUCGCAGAUUGGAAAGGAAUCUCCGGGGAGAUCCCCCGGUGCAUCACUGCACUUCCGUUUCUAAGGAUUCUUGAUUUGAUUGGUAACCGGAUCUCCGGUGAUCUUCCUGCUGACAUAGGGCGGUUACAGAGAUUAACCGUGCUAAAUGUCGCUGACAAUCUUAUAUCCGGUGAGAUACCACGUUCUUUGACGAAUCUUUCCAGUUUAAUGCACCUGGAUUUGCGUAGCAACCGAAUUUCUGGUCCACUUCCUCGAAAUUUCGGACGUCUCAGGAUGUUGAGCCGCGCUUUGCUUAGCAACAAUUAUAUAAGUGGUCCAAUACCGAGUUCCAUUUCGAACAUAUACCGCCUCGCUGAUCUGGAUCUUUCAUUGAACAAACUGUCAGGGGCUAUACCACCUUCUCUUGGUAGAAUGGCGGUUUUAGCGACACUAAAUCUGGACGCUAACAAGCUUUCAGGGGUGAUACCAUCAAGCUUGUUUAAUUCAGGUAUUAGCAAUUUGAAUCUGAGCAAGAACGCAUUCGAAGGAUAUAUACCGGAUGUUUUCAGCUCAGGCUCCUACUUUACAGUUCUUGAUUUAUCGUACAAUAAUUUUCGGGGACCAAUACCGAAAUCUUUGUCGGCGGCAUCGUAUAUCGGACACUUGGAUCUGAGUCACAACCAUCUGUGUGGGAAAAUUCCAGGAGGCUCUCCGUUCGAUCAUCUUGAAGCGUCGUCGUUUGCUUAUAAUGAUUGCCUUUGCGGAAAACCACUUAGAGCUUGCUAGAUAAACGCCUUGGCCGAUGUGGUAAUAUGUUUGCUUUAAGAGAUUGAUUAUAUUUGUGCUUAGUUAUGUUAUUAUGGGAAUUAAGAUUUCAUGCAAGUAGUUUUGCAUGAGGUUUAAUAUAGUAAUUGAAAUUCCAACUUCAA